AUGUCAAUGUUUUGCUUAUGCGCAUGUGUUCUUGUACUAGAGGAAGAGAGAAGCAAACAAGGAGAAACAAGGACCAAUGAUGAUGGCGAUGAUCGUAAUCUCAAGAGGAAUGGUGAUAUUACUGGAUUAGUAUUUGAUGCUGCUGUUCUCGUUGAUGUGUACGUGUACACGUUUAUGAUGGGGAGACUCAUGGAUAUCACGGGUGAUGUGGGUACGUACUACCUUGGGGUUGCGAGAACCGCCCGAGUUAGUGAAGCAGUUCUGGGUCAGCAAUGGAACAUCAGAGGUCACAGGAGUAGGCAUUACCAUGCACUUCAUGACCGUAUCCAGAAUGAAAGGGUACCACUUGAUGAACAUGGUAGAGACGUGGGCGUUCCUAGAUACUCUUUUAUUGUUUGGCUGGCAAUAAAGGAUCGACUAUCAACUGGAGUGCGUAUGAGGGCGUGGGGCAUUCAGCAAGGACGGCUGUGUGGGCGACGGAUCAAUCCUGACUGGAGUCUUACUCUGCAAUUUGUCACCAGAAACACUCUUAGCAGCUUGGACAAGAUACUAGUCCAAAUGCUUUUUCAGACAUGCAUCUAUUACAUGUGGAAGGAGAGGAACGAUCGUAGACAUCAGAAAGGUUAUCACAGUACAGAGCAAGCUAUCCGAAUCAUCGACAAGGCCAUACGGAACCGAAUCAGUUCUCUUCGAUACAAACCUGAUCAUAAGCUAGCCGGGUUGAUGCAGCGUUGGUUUGAGGUUUUUGAUAACACAUAG